AGGACAUCCCGUCGAUGGCAGCCAUGGAUGGCGUCAAAGGGACCGCAAAGUUGCGCUUUUAUCGGGAAAUGGAGACCAAAAUGCAGACCAAAUGGCAAACCGAUCGCAUCUAUGAAGUGGACGCUCCCAAAGGGCCGAAGAAGUCAUCCGAAGAGAAGUUUAUGGGAACCUUUCCCUUCCCUUACCCUAACGGACGCAUACAUAUCGGACACACCUUCUCGUUCAGUAAACUGUGUCCGAAAACCGCUAACUUUCCGGCCUUCACAGAGUACGGAUUUGGCUUUCACGCCACGGGAAUGCCUAUCAAGGCGUGUGCCGACAAAUUGAGCCGUGAAAUGAAGGACUUUGGGUUUCCGCCAGUGUUUCCCGAAGAGACCGCAGACGAGUCGCCGGCCAACGCAUCGUCCAAUGAAUUGGUCAUUAAAGACAAGUCGAAGAGUAAACGAAGUAAACUUCAGGCGAAGACAAUUCAAGCGAAAUAUCAGUGGCAGAUAAUGCAGUCGUUGGGUAUGACCGACGAUGAGAUCGCAGAGUUUGCCGAACCUCUCCAUUGGUUGGAUUAUUUCCCGCAGAAAUGGAUCGAAGACUUGAAUGCGUUUGGAUUGAGAGCCGAUUGGCGGCGAGUUUUUAUGACCACCGAUAAGAAUCCUUACUUCGAUUCGUUCAUCAAAUGGCAAUUCAUUCGUCUGAAAGAGAGGAAUAAAAUCAAAUUUGGCAAAAGAUAUACCAUAUUCUCGGCUAAAGACAACCAGCCCUGUAUGGAUCACGACAGGGCCAGUGGUGAGGGCGUCGGCCCUCAGGAGUACACACUCAUCAAAAUGAAAGUUCUGGAUCCGAAGCCUCAGAAACUCCAAAAGCUUAAGGCUGACAUUUAUUUAGUUGCGGCCACUCUUAGACCCGAAACAAUGUACGGACAGACAAACUGUUGGCUGAGACCCGACAUGAAAUAUAUCGCAUAUCGAGUGAAUUCGGGCGAAAUAUACAUAUCGACCAAUCGAUCGGCUCUUAACCUCUCAUUUCAAGGGUUCACUAAAGAGAACGGUGUUGUGGACAAAGUGCUGGACCUCUUGGGCAGUGACAUAAUGGGUGCUAAACUGAAGGCUCCGCUCACUUCUUACGAGAGUAUUUAUGCGCUGCCAAUGCUUACCAUCAAAGAGGAUAAGGGAACGGGUGUUGUGACGAGUGUGCCGUCUGACGCACCCGACGAUUUUGCCGCCUUAAGGGAUCUCAAGAACAAACAGCCCCUCAGAGAGAAAUAUGGCAUCAAAGACCAUAUGGUUCUGCCCUUCGAACCGGUUCCGAUUAUAGAAAUUCCAGAUUUUGGUAAUUUAUCUGCGGUUAAAGUUUGCGAUGAUUUGAAGAUUCAAAGCCAAAACGACACACAAAAGUUGGCCGAAGCCAAGGAAAAAGUAUACCUCAAGGGCUUCUAUGAAGGGGUUAUGAUUGUUGGCCCGCAUAAAGGCAAGAAAGUGUGUGACAUCAAGAAAGACGUUCAAAAGGAAAUGAUUGACCGCAAGGAAGCAGUGAUUUAUAUGGAACCCGAAAAACAAAUCAUUUCCCGAUCGGGAGACGAAUGUGUUGUCGCUCUUUGCGACCAAUGGUUCUUAGAAUACGGUGAGAAGAAAUGGAGAGAAGCGGCGGACAAAUCGUUGGCCCAAAUGAAUACAUACCACGACGAGACGCGAAGAAUUAAGAAAUGGAGAGAAGCGGCGGACAAAUCGUUGGCCCAAAUGAAUACAUACCACGACGAGACGCGAAGAAAUUUUGUGGCGACACUCGAUUGGCUUAAAGAUCACGCCUGUUCUCGACAGUACGGACUCGGGUCGCGUCUUCCGUGGGCUCAGGAAUGGCUAAUCGAGUCUCUGUCCGACUCAACCAUUUAUAUGGCUUACUAUACGAUAUCGCACUUACUUCAGGGCGGAGUUAUGGACGGAAGCGGUCCGUCGCCGAUAGGCAUCAAACCGGAUAAGUUGACACCAAAAGUGUGGGACUAUAUCUACUUCGAGGGCGUGUUAUACCCGAAAGACUGCGGAAUACCUAAAGAAAAAUUGGAUAAAUUGCGAAAGGAAUUCAAUUACUGGUAUCCUUUAGAUCUGAGAACUUCAGGCAAGGAUUUAGUGCCCAAUCAUUUAACGUAUUGCAUAUACAAUCACUGCGCCAUUUGGGACAAUCAGCCAGAGUUGUGGCCGCGAAGUAUCCGAGCGAACGAUCUGAGAACUUCAGGCAAGGAUUUAGUGCCCAAUCAUUUAACGUAUUGCAUAUACAAUCACUGCGCCAUUUGGGACAAUCAGCCAGAGUUGUGGCCGCGAAGUAUCCGAGCGAACGGACAUCUGUUGCUCAACAACGAGAAAAUGUCGAAAUCGACCGGAAAUUUCCUGACUCUCUCCGAAGCGAUUGAGAAAUACUCGGCCGACGGCGUUAGGUUUGCUUUGGCCGACUCGGGCGACGGUAUCGAUGACGCGAACUUCACUGAGAAACAGGCAGACAAUGGUCUCCUUAAACUAUACAACUUUAUUGACUUCAGCAAAGAAAUGAUUGCUUCCUUCGAUUCAUUGAGAAGCGGAUCAACGAAUUCAUUUGAUGACAGAGUCUUUGAGAACGCUAUAAAUCGGGGAAUAUCUCAAACCGAAGCCCACUAUAAGAAACUUAAGGUUCUGCGCUCCCUAUUCAUGUCCCUUAACUCAGUUUCGCAACCUUACUUAUUGUCUCCCAUAUGUCCGCAUACGGCUGAAUACGUAUGGACUGAAGUUCUGAAGAAAGCCGGAAGUGUUAACUCUACAAAAUGGCCGGUCGUUAAAGCGGUCGAUGAGGUGUUGCUCCAGUCAUUUGCUUAUCUAAUGGACGCUUCGCAUAGUUUCCGAUUACGUCUGAAGACAUACUUCACUCAAAAGGGAAAGGAUAAGAAUAAGGCGCCGGUUGUGAACCCAACGCACGGAACCAUUUAUGUGGCCAAACAGUUCCCCAAAUGGCAGUCUAUUAUAUUGAAUACUAUGAAAGCUUUAUACGAGGAAAAUAAGAAACAACUUCCAGAAAAUAAAAUAAUUGCCGCAAAUCUCUCCAAAAUCGCCGAUUUAAAGAAAUACAUGAAAAAAGUUAUGCCUUUUGCAGAACACAGAAAACAAAUGUUUCAAGAGUUCGGCGAAAGUGUUUUCAACGAGACGUCAGCCUUUGAUGAGAAGGAAGUCCUUCAGGAAAACAUAGCGUAUUUGACAUCAACUCUGGAUUUGGAGGGUUUGGACAUUGAAUUCUCGGACAAAGCGGAGGAACGAAUUCAAGACGAGACGUGUCCGGGCGACCCAUUCAUCGUGUAUAGAGUCGACCCAUCGGUUCCGUUGACUGCAAUCAAUCAACAGCCGAACAAACCUUAUUUCGAAUUAAGAGUUCCGGUCUUUAAAUCAGAUUCUGUGAGAAAAGUUGUCGAAAGGAUUUGCAAAGAGAAUCGAUAUAUAAAAGAUCCUUUGAAAGUAAAACUCUUGAGAUACGCGGACCCAAAGGUAGGACCCUAUCGUCUGCCAAACAUCGACAACAUAUUAGACGAUAAGAUUGAGAUUAAAUCAAAGGCAAAGAUAUCGGCGACUCUCGAGUCCAACGAAAUUUUUAUCGAAGAGAACGGAAAGAAACAAAUUCUUCAGAUGAUUGAUCCUUUGUUUGAUUCUGUGUUCGAGUGCGGAGACAGUCAUGUCUUUAUUGAUCUUAACAUAACUGCCUUUCUUCACAUGGUUAUUCUUCUAGGUCAGCCCGUAUUUCGCCUUGUUCAUCAGGUGCACGAGAGACCGAGAGCCAUACCUAUC